AUGUCACCUUAUCUUCUGCAGAUAAAACUCAAGAAACUAAAAACAUCUUCAUUAAAAAUAGCAUAUAGAAAAUCAUUCAGUGCUCAAAACUCCUCGGCAACAAUGCAAUUUGAUCAGUUAGAUUUUCUACAGGUGUUGUUAGUCCUUAAUCUCCUCAAUCAAAAAUAUUAUGAGUUAUAAUUUGAUUCGUGAAAUACUCGUAGAUAGCAACGAGUCAGGUCCUCUCCUCAGGGAAUUUGAGGCUUACUAUUUAAUGCUCGUUCUAAUGAAGGAUAGAAUGGAAAAGAAAAUGAGGGGUCGUGAACUAAAAAGAGAGAAGAAGAGGAAACAAUGAAUCCAAAUCCAAUUUCUCAGAUCUGGCCAGUGUAAGAAUGGCAAUCGAUUGUUCAUGACUUCUACUCCUAAAUUCCUAACUAAAAUCUAAUCUAAACUAAAUAGAACUUUCUUCAUUUUGAAACUAACCUAGUGUCACUACACGUCCUUCCUUACUUCCGCUAGAAAGAGGCGUUCACUCAAAGCAGCGAGUGAGACCUCGUUCAGGUAAGAUGAGGAGCUCUCUGAAUUUACACACCUACAUUCACAAGAUGUGGAGCUUGGAAAACCCUAAAUCCUCUAGGUAGGCUGAAUUGCCAAAGGUUUUCUUAAUCAAAAAGUUGUUCAUGACAUAAGUUUUUCCCAAAUGUAUAGGGUGGUGUUUCCUCUCUCUCCUCUCUCGCUUGCCUCUCUCACACGUGAGAGAAACUGCCUAAAGGUUCUGGUGGCUUCUUCCCCCACAAGGCUACACUCUGUUAGAUCAGUUGACUCCCUUCUUGUGAGCUCACUCCUAAGCCAUUAGAUCCUUCUCUCGCCAAAAGGCUGCCUCCUCACUCUCGUGAGUGA